AAGAGAUGACAGUUGUCUUGCAGGCAUCAUGCAUACUCUGCACAAACUUCUGCUCUUUCAUGUUCUGACAAGUCUCGGACGAGAUGCUCUUGGGGGUAAAAUCAUAAAUGGAAAAAAAGCCCCGGAGAACUCGAUGCUGUACAUGGUGUCGCUGCAGAACAGCAGAGGUCAACAUCUAUGUGGUGGAUUCCUCAUCAGUGAAGACUUUGUGCUCACUGCUGCACACUGUGACGGAUACAGGAUUUUCGCGAAGGUUGUUCUUGGCACCCACAAUCUGAAGGCUCAUGGCAUCAAAAAAUCCAUUGUGAAAUGGUGCAAACCCGAAUCUUAUAAGAAUGUCGGACAAGGGAAUGACAUCAUGCUCCUCAAACUGUCUCAGAAAGUUCAACUGGACAACAGUGUGCAAACAAUUCAACUUCCAACUUCUGGAAUGAACAUAAGAGAAAAUGAAAAAUGCCAAGUAGCUGGAUGGGGAAAGACAAAAACUAAUGGUCCAGGUGUUGAUGAGCUGAGAGUGAUGGAUGUGUCUACCAUUAACAAGCAAGUCUGUGAGAGAGAAUGGGCUGUUCUUCCUCUUCCUGACAACGUUAUCUGUGCUGGCGGAUAUGAAACAAACAAAGGAUUCUGUCAGGGUGAUUCUGGUGGUCCUCUGGUGUGCAAUGGGAAGGCUGUUGGUAUCGUGUCUUUCAAUCACCUUCGCAACUGUACCUACCCAAACUUUCCCAAUGUCUACACAGACAUAUCAAAAUACCUUCCCUGGAUCAACACCAUAAUCAAGCGAAAGAAUUCAAGCUACAGUAUAAAAGGGCCAACAUUACAGUACAUGACACCCUCCGCAAGAAAACAAGACAGUUGUCUUGCUGGCAUCAUGCAUGCUCUGCACAAACUUCUGCUCUUUCACCUUCUGAUAAGUCUUGGACGAGAUGCACUUGGAGGUAAAAUCAUACAUGGGGAAAAAGCCCCGGAGAACUCGAUGCUGUACAUGGCCUCGCUGCAGAACAACAGAGGUCAACAUGUAUGUGGAGGGUUCCUCAUCAGUGAAGACUUUGUGCUCACUGCUGCACACUGUGGCAAUCAGCUUACACAUGUAGUUCUUGGCACGCAUGAUCUCAGGAGAGUUGCUCCUGGAAACAAAAGAUUAAUUGAAAAGACAUACGCACACCCAUCUUAUAAGAAUGUAGGACUUGGUAAAGACAUCAUGCUCCUCAAACUGUCCCAGAAAGUUCAACUGGACAACAGCGUGCAAACAAUUCAGCUUCCAACUUCUGAAAUGAACAUAAGAGAUAAUGAAAAAUGCCAAGUAGCUGGAUGGGGAAUGACAAAAUCUAAUGGUCCAACUGUUGAUGAGUUACGAGUGGUGGAUGUGUCUCCUGUUAACAUCCAUGUCUGUGAUAAGAAAUGGAAUCUGGAGCUUCCUGACAAUGUUAUCUGUGCUGGUGGAUAUAACACAACCAAAGGAUUCUGUCAGGGUGAUUCUGGUGGUCCUCUGGUGUGCAACGGGAAGGCUGUUGGUAUUGUGUCUUUCAACAGGGGGAAAGACUGUGACUACCCAAACGUACCUAACGUGUAUACAGAUAUAUCAAAAUAUCUUCCCUGGAUCACAUACGUCCUCAAAGGCGCAGAAUAAGUAAUGAGUAAAAAUCCUGCACAAAAGUUUGCUUCACUGCGUGUUCAUUGCAAUUGAGAAAAUGU